GUUACCCACAGUGCUUUGUAUGCAUAUUUUGCACAUGGCGGGCGUCCAUCUUGAAAAAUUGUAUCUGUGAUCUCCGAGGGAAGAAGCGAGCGUAGAUGCAUCGCUCUGCCUGAAAAACGCCGUUUCUGGAUUACCAACGAUAGGAGAGGGACUCUAGAUUCGAGAGGGUCUAGAGUCAUGUCUGAGGGUGACCCUCCACCCAAAAGGGUGAAACUAAGUGAAGAGGAAGUCAGGAAACUACCCAGAGAUGAGCUAGUCAAAAUCUGGUCAGAACAGAAUGCAUAUGUCCAGUCUCUGGAGAAUAAGAACAAUGCAGGACCCAGCUCAAGUACUGAAUGUGAAGAACUGACCGGUCUGCGUGAGUCUGAGGAGAAACUGAAGCAGCAGCAGCAGGAGUCAACCCGCCGCGAGAACGUCCUCGUCAUGAGGCUCGCCACCAAGGAACAGGAGAUGCAGGAGAUCGCCAGUCAGAUCCAGGAGGUGAAACAAGGUCAGACCCCAGGAACAGCACAGCUGCGCACCAUGCUGCUGGACCCUGCUGUCAACCUGCUGUUCACCCGCAUGAAACAGGAACUCACCGACAGCAAGGACAAGCUGGAACAGGCACAGAACGAGCUGAGUGCCUGGAAGUUCACCCCAGAUAGCCAAACCGGUAAGAAGCUGAUCUCUCGGUGCCGGAUGCUGAUCCAGGAGAACCAGGAGCUGGGUCGGCAGCUGUCACAGGGCCGCAUCGCCCAGCUGGAGGGGGAACUCGCCCUGCAGAAAAAGUACAGCGAGGAACUCAAGUCAAGCCAGGACGAACUGAACGACUUCGUGAUCCAGCUAGACGAGGAGGUAGAAGGUAUGCAAAGUACAAUCUAUGUCCUUCAGCAGCAACUGAAAGACUGCCGCCAGCAGCUCGCUCGGGCUCAAGAAGAGCUGUCGAACACUCGGACAGAAUUGAGCCAAGCCAAACUCAUGGAUAGGACAGAAAGGACUCUCCAGGAGACGCCCCAGUCCGCAGCAAGCUCCUCGGAGGGCCUCGGCCCCCGCCACAACCCCGGCCACGCUUGUAAUAGCCUGGCCAACCAUUCGUCUACGAGUAGUAAUGACCUGCCCGCCAAUAACGGCGCUCAUGUUUUGACUUCCCUGCGUACGAAGACAGAGCCUAGCGAGGAAAUAGAAAGCAAUUCGUGCAAAACGAGCCAAAAUGCUGCCGAAUUGACUCCCAACUCGGACCCCCUCCUGGAGGCGGGUCAUAAACACGAACAGAACCAGGUCCUGACCAACACUGUCUUGGAGGAGGUUUCCAACUCAGAUAGUAGUCCUAGUCAGACUUGUUUGGAGGAAAAGACUGCAAUAUCCCUUGACGGUCUCGCCAGUAACGAACCCAAUUCGAUUGGAAGAGACCCUAGCUCCCCCGAACAGACUACUGAACAUAAUGGCGUCCCCGACAGCGUUCCUCGUAUAUACGGUCAGGGAACUGCGUAGAUUGGACUGCGCUAGUCGCGCAGAGUCUUUCCAAAUAUUUGUCCGAAGCUUCAAUGUUGUCCAGGUGAUCGCUGUCCUGCGUACGAGAUUGUUUGUGCCUGUUAAUACUAUCUAUUCACCCAUAUUAUGUUGGUAGCUGGACAUAAAACUGAGAGUAUUUCUGUGCUGCAAACAGUGGUAAGAAUAGCAGGUACACUUUAUAGUUGUAAGGAGGACCCUGUUCGUUUAUAGUAUGAAAAAAAGUCUCUUUGAUUAUUUCUGUGAACACUAGUAACUCUGUGCACUACUGUAGAUUGUGUAAUGACUGUUUUCUGCUGAUGUUUUCAGUGAUCUUGUUCAUUAUCGAACAUCCCGGCACUACAUGAAAAAUCCAACAAUCUGUACUUACAGAUGACAGUUUUUCCCCAGUAAAUUGGUAAGCAGAGGCCAAUAGUAUAUGAACUUGAAGAAAACAAAACCAGAUAUCCCAAAGGAGGUCAAUCACAUUUUUGUCUUAAUAGAUGAGAAGGGAAACAUUUUUUUUUUUACAAAUGGAUAAAUUGCAUAACUGACCAUUUUUCUUGAGUGGUAUCAUUGCUGCAGCUGUAACAUUUUAUUGAAGGGGGUAGGAGUAUGUAUUACACAACUAUUCAGGUCUCACAGGGUACAUCUUCUUUCACUGGUGACAAUUGUGGACCAAACUGAAAACAACAGGGGCUCCGUUGUUUCGAAUUUUGUUCAAUGUGUACAGUUAUCCAAAAGAAGAAGAAAAAAUUGGCAGCUUUCACAACUCGACAACUUCAGGAAAUGUCCACUGUAACCAUUCUGGCUAAAAUUACCCUCUAUAGAUCCUUGAAAUAUCCUCUCUAUGAUUGUACAGCAUCUUUCUCCCCCCAGUUUCCACAGCCUUUCAAAAGCAAAGAGAUUGCAACUCAAAACAUUGAGAUACAUGUAGAUACAACUGAUACCUAGAGAGUGGGGGUACUUUAUAAAAUAAUGAUUUUGAACAAGGUCUUGAUAUGUAUGUAUGCUUUUGCCAACACUUCUAUCUGUUUUAAGUACAUGUUCCAGACAAAAUAAAUCAGUCACCUCUAUGAGUUGAAGACUGCCUCUCUAGAUCUUCGCUUUACUUCAGGUGGGGUAAAACCAACUCCCGUAUGUAAAAUUGUAAGUACUCGGACACAGACAAACAUGUUCUGUUGGUGUAUUUCUAUGUUUUCUACUGGGAAGACCCGACUCUAUACGACCAGUGGCUCUGAGAUGUGUCUAUAAAUUUUGGUUGCAGUUCUGGAGGCUGAUGUCUUUUUGAGUUACAGAUGUACAGUCACACGUUCAAGCCAAAGCCUCAGAUUCUCGUGGUCCUCAAAAUAAAGUUCACCUAAUUCUGCA